AUGUCAUACGUUGCUGGUAUGGUAGUUUACGUAAAAAUUAAGGGAUAUCCUUGGUGGCCAGCAAAAGUCGAAGAAGAAUCUAGUAUUCCUGAAAAUGUUUUAUCAAAAAAACCAAAAGGUUCUAAUAAUAAACCAAUGUAUUGUGUUAAAUUUUAUGGGACGGGAAAUUAUGGAUGGAUUAUAAAUACUGGUAUUAAACCAUUUGAUAAAAAAGAAGCAGAAAUUUCAUUGGAAGGAAUGAAAUCAAAAAGCAAAAUGUUAGAAAGAUCUAUGAGGGAAGCUUUAGAAGAUUUUAAAGAUGAAUCUAAUGAAGAAUUUUAUGAAGAAUCUUCUAAUAAUAAGAAAUUAGAUAUGUCAAAAGCUGAUAAAUUAUUUACCGAAAUUGAAAAUUUUCCCGUCACUAUUCCAUUAUUAAAGCAAUCCAAAAUCGGAAAAGUCAUGAGAAAAAUUAGAGAAAUAAAAGUUGAUGGCGAUGAUUAUAAUAUUAUAAAACGUAGUGAUGAAUUGGUUAAAAAGUGGUAUAAAAUAUUUCAAGCCACUCCAUCAAAACAUGAGCGCGAACACGAACGCGAUCAACACGAACAAUACGAACAAGGUAGAGCAACUCUUCCUACAGUUACAAUUGAUAUUAAUCCAACUCCAAUAAACCAACAAGAAGGUGAUGAGGUUACCCCAAUUGAUUCGACAAUAGAAGAAGGUGAUGAAGUUACUACUCCAAUGGAGGUAAUAAAACAAGAAGAAGGUAGUGAAGAUGACGAAUCUAUUAAUACUACUCCAAUGGAGACGACAAUACAACAAGGUAAUGAUACUUCAAUUGAAGAAACUCCAAUUACGCCAACCAAUUGA